GUUAAUCACUUCCGGGUCAAAAUUUGGUGGCGUUGUUGUUUUCACGUUUCUGUUAUUCGUCAUCAGCUCCACGUUAUCUGGUAGAUUUAUCGUGGCAUUUCAUGUGUUAUACUUUUGGAUAUCUCACUACCAAACACCCCGACUCGAUAUUGAUUAUCAGCAAAACUGUUCGGUGGUCCCUGUGUUCCCUCCUAAAGCUUUGGAAUGGGCAGUCAUUUCCGCAGCUACAUCUGGGACCCGGUCCUCAUUUUGUCUCAGAUUGUGUUGAUGCAAUGCAUCUACUACAGCUUCCUGGGUCUGUGGCUGGCUGUUGUGGACAGUCUUGUACAAACCAACAGAUCACUGGACCAGAUCUUCAGUUAUGAGGUUCUUGGAUUUGCAACAAUGCAGGGCAGACUCUCAAUGAUGGCGUUCAUCUUGAACUCACUUACCUGUGCCCUGGGCUUGUUGUUCUUUAUCCGCCGAGGGAAGCAGUGUCUGGACUUCACUAUCACCGUGCACUUCUUCCACAUGAUAGGCUGUUGGAUCUACAAUGCCCACCUCCCGGCGGCCCUGUCCUGGUGGCUGGUCAACGUGGCCUGCAUGGCUCUGAUGGCCGUGAUUGGAGAGUACCUAUGCAUGCGGACUGAGCUCAGGGCCAUCCCAGUCAACAGUGGACCUAAGUCUAACCUUUGACUGCUGACCACCUGACCUGACCCCACUCUGUGACUCUGGCUCACUCCCUGUGAACUGUUCACUGACAGUAUUCUGCCCAGUAUGAUGUAGGCUAUGACAUUUGUGCCCAAAGACUUGGUGGGACUGGGAUGUGAGCUGCAAUAACGCAGUAGUUGGAUCUAGAGACAGAGAUUGCACACCUCUCAAUAGAUUGGAACAUUGCACACCUCUCAAUAGAUUCAAGGACUUGGAAAUUAACUGAAAUGGGGCUGGUUGCUGUAUUUAUUUGUAAACACGUACUACCUGUCUAACAGUGAAUGCUAACUUUUUACUCGACCCACUAAGAUAUCACUUGCUUUGAGACAGUUCAAAGCAGAGUUUAGUUUGUCUUACAAAGAUCUUAAUGGUUUCAUGAUUUGAUUAAAUAAUGAUGAUAUCA